UAAUUGCCCCCCCCUCCCUUCCUCCCCCCAUCUUUGCGCUCCUGGCCCCACUUCUGCUCUUUUCCAUGCGAGGUUUCUGUGGGAGUUGCCUGUCCGCCUGCGCGGGCUCUUUGUGUGUUCCCCGUUUUCAUCAAGCUUGAAAGAAACAGAUCAACGGAAAGUUGAUGGGGGUUGGGGGGGGAGAGUGGUUAAUGGUCGUUGCCUGUAUUGAUUAUGCUGUAGAGUUACGCAUGUGGGUUCUAAGUUAUGCCUUUCAAGGCUGAUGCUGUUGUUGUUGUUGCCCCAUGAGCGCCAGCAUCACCUCCUCCCUCUGCUUCCACUGCGUCUCCUUCAUAGACUUUUUUUUUGAGGCUUCUCCUUUGCUUCUCUGUUGUGGACGUCUGCGUGAUUGUUUGAGUGUGGGUGGAGAGCUUUUAGGGCUGGUGGAGUUUCGUGGUGUAUUGCGGGGGCCUGGGUGCGAUGGGAUUGGGUGGGUAGUGAGGACAUGGGAUCCGGGUGCGUGCGAUGGCCAGCUGCAGUACAGAUUUCAAGGGCGGAGAGGGCAGCAAUCCGCAUGGGAAUGGAGGAGGUUAUAUUGCGGGGCAGUGGAGCGUUCUGGGAUUUCCGCGCACAGUCGCAGUGGAAUUCUUUGUAGGCACCGGUUGGGCGGGAUUAGAAUUGUUUCCCUCUUGUUUUCUCGAAUUUUUCUAAAACCAGAUGGGAGCGGGGUGUAGGUUGGGGGACUGAUAAUUUUCAGGGUUUGAUCUCGUGGGUCUCUGCUCGUCGUUUUCCUUUGGUCCUCCCCUGGCGUGCUAUUGGCCGCAGCGACUAAUUGGAAUAUGAAUAACUACAGGUUAUGGGGCCGACGCCCCUCGCAAGCGCCACCCUACCUCGAGGUUCUGCGUGUAGCAUCGUUGUGAGGGGUGCAGGAUUCGCCAAUGCUAGAGUCGGGCAUGGCAGAAACAAUGGCGUGUUUGCACAGCACAAGCUCAAGGUGUAGGAAUUUGUAGGUAAUUAGUAGGAGUUUUACAACAGCAAUUCGGAGGAGAGUGUAUGGCUAGUCACGAGGACAGCGAUUUUUCGGCCAAGGCGCUGCACAAGCGCUAUGAGGGGCUGGUGACAGUGCGAAGCAAGGCUAUCAAGGGGAAGGGUGCGUGGUAUUGGAGCCACUUGCUGCCCUUGUUGGUGCAGCACCCAGACUCCGGGCUGCCCAAAGCUGUUAAGCUCCGAUGCUCGUUGUGCAAUGCCAUGUUCUCCGCGUCCAAUCCCUCUCGCACCGCUUCCGAGCAUCUGAAACGUGGUACGUGCCCCAAUUUCAAUGGAAUAGUGCCGAAGCCACUGGCGUCCCAGUCGGGACCUCGGCUCGCAGGCACUCUCGGUGCCACCACCCCCCGAAAACGUAAUGCUCCGGCGUCUUCCCUGUCGGUUGACGAUACGCCCUGCACUGAACUUUUGGUGCACACGCCCCGGAUGUUGUCCGGGGGUAAGGAGGAUCUAGGCGCGCUGGCGUUGCUGGAGGACAGCGUGAAGAAGCUCAAGAGUCCGGGGUUGAAGACGGGGGGAUCCCUAGGUGGGCUCGGAGGGCCGAACAAAGCCCAGGUCGAGGCGGCUCUCAAUCUUCUGGCGGAGUGGCUGUAUGAGUCUUGUGGGACCGUAUCAUUUUCGUGCGUAGAACAUCCCAAAUUCAAAGCACUUUUGAGCCAACUCGGUUUGCCGCCCGUGAGCAGGCGCUACCUAGCGGGAGCCAAAUUAGACGCCAAAUUUGAGGAGGUGAAGCAGAAUUCUGAACUCAAGCUCCGGGAGGCUAUGUUCUUUCAGCUCUCCUCCGACGGGUGGAAGAAGAAGGAGCCUAUCGGCAUGGGAGAGAGCCUAAUCAAUAUCACCUUGAACUUGCCUAAUGGCAGCACGCUGUUCCGCAGCGUGGUCAAUGUGAACUCUGGCCCCGUGUCUGUCAAGCUUGUUGAAGACACAUUAGCUGAGGCUGUCUUGUCCAUCUGCGGGCCAGCUCCGGAGCGGUGUGUCGGAAUCGUUGCGGAUGCUGAUAAGUAUACAUUGAAAGCGCUGCAAGGGUUGGAGUAUCGGUUUCCGCGCAUGGUAAACCAGUCGUGCCAGGCGCAGGGGUUCAGCAAUCUGUUAAAAGACUUCAACAAGCAUCUCUUGUUACUUAGGUCGGUAGGCAGCGAAUGUAUGAAGGUAUCUGCGUUCUUUAACACUCAGCCGCAAGCUCGAAUGUAUCUCCAAAAAUACCAACGCCAGGAAUACGACAGCUUGAAAUUACUACGGACGCCCCCUGAUCCUCAGUUCGCGGAUCCUCACUACGCCUACGUGCUACUAAUGCUAGACGAUAUUGCUGCGUCUGCACGCGCGCUGCAGCACACGGUGAUCGACGACCAAUUCUGCCUGCAGCUUCAAGACGAUCAGGUAGCGCGCGACGUGACAGGCGUGGUCGGUAGCAUGCGGUUCUGGCAAGACCUGGAGGCGGUGCAGGAAUUAAUGAAGGUUGUGAAAGUGACAGUGAACGAUAUAGAACAGGAUCGGCCGUUGGUCAGUCAGUGUUUGCCGCUCUGGGACGAGCUACGCAACAAGGUGAAGGACUGGUGCGCGCAAUAUAACAAGGACGAGGCUCCCAUUCACGAAAUUGUCGAGAGGCGGUUCAACAAGAACUACCACCCCGCGUGGGCGGCCUCAUUCAUCCUCGAUCCUCUGUACUUGGUUCGGGAUUCAAGCGGUAAGUAUUUGCCGCCCUUCAGAUUUCUCACUGCCGAGCAGGAGAAAGACGUGGAUCGGCUGAUAACGCGCCUAGUUGCGCGAGAAGAAGCGCAUAUCGCUCUCAUGGAGCUCAUGAAAUGGCGCGCUGAGGGGCUGGAUCCGCUCUACGCUCAAGCUGUCCAGGUUAAAGAGCGGGAUCCUGUCACAGGCCGGAUGCGGGCUGUGAAUCCUCAAUCCCGGCGCCUGGUGUGGGAGACAUGCCUCAGCGAGUUCAAAUCCUUGGGCAAAGUAGCCGUGCGGUUAAUUUUCCUGCACGCCACCAGCUGCGGGCUCAAGUGCAACUGGUCGUUGUGGCGGUGGGCCUACCGAAACGGGAACUCUCGGCAGGCGGUGGACAAAGCCGAGAAGAUGAUAUUCAUAGCGUCCCACGCGAAUCUGGAGCGCAGAGAUUACUCCAACGAGGAAGAGAAGGACGCGGAGCUUUUCAUGAAUGGCAAUGGCUCUGGGGAAGAUAUCACAGACGAGGUUUUCAUGAACGCAACUUCGUAACAUUGGCAAGCAAGUCUUUGCAAAUCCCUUUGAUACACCUGGACACACCGAAAUCUGUAGCCCAGGCUCCACAGCCUGCCGUUUCGUUUUUCGUUGAACUCUGUGUUCGAUUGUGUGUACAUUUUGAGGUGUUCAUCAUCUAGUUGGAGAGGAGGGCUCACAAUGGCAGACUAUUGACCGAGAGAGCAGAAUGAGCCGUAGGUGAUUGACGUCUCAUUUGCGAGUGAGAGGAGCGGGGGAUGUAACUUUCCUGCGUCCCCAUCGAGGCAUCUGGUCAUACGGCGUAGUACACGAGGCAUGGCAUAGGGUUUUGAAUAUCAAGCGCCUAUCCCACCACCCUUACAGACAGACAGACGGACGAAGAAAAGGCAGACAGACACGCUGGUAAAGGUUUUGGUUGUUUCAUGGUAAAGGUCAUGUCAGGUAAACUUAUUUUUUUUCUCGCCAACUUAGUUGGUUCCAAGCUAUCAAUCAGAUGGGCUAGCUGUGCAUUCUACAGUGAUUCAUCACAUCUGGGCGCAUUCAAUCUCUCGUCACAGAACGGAUUCUGUAAUUUUGGCCCAAUUUUGCGUCUUAUUACAAUUUGGCCGGAAAACAUGCUCAUUCAUUCUACGCCCAUUUUUUUUGCUCAA